AUGAAGGGGGCAGAUGAGAAAUGCAUCAAUAGUGAAGCUCUUCUUACUAGUUUGGUCAAUGAUAGUUGCAACAACAGAUCCACAAAUGUAUCAGCUGUUAGUAUCGACGUCGUUGUUUCUAGUGCUGGGAAAGGCGACGGACAAGAGGCAAUUGGGCUCAUAUCACUACAAGAGGAGGCAAAAAAGGAAAGCGAGUCGAGCGGACUGUCUUUAGGAUCUGUGGAUCAAAUCAGUAACCGGACGGGGCUCGACUUGAUGCUGUCUGUUGAAGAUAGCGAGGCUGGUGCUUCAAAGUUGGUAAACAAGUCCGAAAAGCAAUUCCACGUACGUGAAAAGGAUGGCACAUGUACUGAACUUGAUGCUACGACUGUUAAUGAAGAUGUUUCAACAAAACUUCUCAAACCAACCCAUUUGUGCCCGGACAACACAAAGUCUGCAGAAGUCACUUUAUCAGAGGUUUUGCCCAGUGCGAGUGAUCCUGAUCCCAGUCUCGAUCUGAACAGUGAGGGGAUGGAGGACGGGGGACUUCCUUUGGCCCUUCAAAACGAGCUGGGAGCUGAGGGAGCAAAGCCUCCGUGCGCCAAGGAUCGUUCUGCUGGACAGUCCAUAUACCACAUAAAAUGGAUCAAGUGGAGGGAGGAGAAUACGCCAAUCAUUACACAAAAUGAGAAUGGACCCUGUCCAUUACUCGCCAUAAUGAAUGUCCUCCUGCUGGCAUGGAAGGUCAAGAUGCCACCAAUGAUGGAAAUUAUAACUGCUGAGCAAUUGAUGGAGUACUUGGGAGAUUACAUUCUCGAAACCAAACCAAAAGAGAUCUCUGAAGCUCAGCGGCUAAACUAUGAACAGAACAUGAGUGAUGCAAUGGCAGUGCUCCACAAGCUACAGACCGGCCUUGAUGUAAAUGUGAAGUUCACAGGCGUCAGUGUUUUUGAGUACACCCCAGAAUGCAUUGUGUUUGACUUGCUCGACAUCCCUCUCUAUCACGGCUGGCUGGUUGACCCCCAGAUGCAGGACAUUGUCAAGGCAGUGGGAAACUGCAGUUACAAUCAACUGGUUGAAAAGAUUAUAUCCUGCAAACAGUCGGACAGCAGUGAGUUAGCAGGCGAAGGCAUUGUAGCAGAGCAAUUCCUGAGCAGCACGGCUACACAGCUGACAUACCACGGCUUAUGUGAACUCACAUCCACAGUACAAGAAGGAGAGCUGUGUGUGUUUUUUAGAAAUAAUCAUUUCAGCACUAUGAUCAAAUAUAAGGGCCAGCUUUACCUUCUCGUGACAGAUCAGGGAUUCCUGACAGAAGAGAAAGUCGUUUGGGAGAGUUUGCACAAUGUUGAUGGCGACGGUAACUUCUGUGAUUCAGAGUUUCGACUGAGGCCCCCUUCUGAUCCAGAGUCUGUUUACCGAGGACAGCAAGAUCAGAUAGACCAGGACUAUCUAAUGGCUCUGUCGCUGCAACAAGAACAACAGAAUCAAGAUAUUCAAUGGGAACAGUUGCCUGAAGGCAUCAGUGAUCUGGAGCUGGCAAAAAAGCUCCAGGAGGAAGAGGACCGACGGGCCUCUCAGUACUACCAGGAGCAGGAGCAGGCGGCAGCACAAGCACAGCAAGGCCAGCAGGUGCCAGCAGAACAAGAUGAAGCAGACCGAGGAGCAGGAGCAGCUGGUGCAGCAGCUAAUGUAGGCACUGUAGCCACAGCUGGGGCCACUGCAAGCCCAGGAAAACACUCUUAUUCCAGUGACCGCAAAUCAAAGAAAGAUGCAAAAGAUAAGGACAAAUGUGUUAUUUUGUAA